CCCUCUAAUCUCAGUUGGUGUUUACAAGUUUGAAUUGAGCCUCGCCAGUGUAAUAAUGGACGCUUUUGUUCAUGAAAGUCUUACGUUACUCCCAUUCAAGCGGAACUGGUUCGAUUCAAACUCAUUUUUACAACGUCUCUUCAAGCGCUUUGGUUUGCUAGCGUUGGUGCUGUUACUAUGGUGACACAUUUUAAAGCUUUGAAACAAUAGGAUUUGAGUUGCACAGUAGGCUUGUAUUGCAGUAUGUUCGGACAGUGGGAAUUGGUGCAACUAAGGUAAGAGCUCCUUGCUAAAGUCUUAACGUCCUUAAAACUCUUUUGAAUUUCUACAUUUGUUUUGUUGGCGCAGCUAUAAACCACUUCAGAGUGUUGGAAACUUUUAAUAUAGUACAAGCAAGCAAUGUCUUCAAUGGUAAUUUGCUCACCAUUGUCUGUAUUGAGUGCUGCAUGUUCCUGUUGUUAAACGAUACAUUUUUUUUUUGCAGUUUCAGGAUGGACAACUGUCCAAACAAGAUUUUGUGUCCUAAAUCUUUUGUACUGUGAAGACAUUGUUUACAUGCGAGUAACAAUGGACCCAGGUGUCAAACAGACUAGACGAUCUGUACACAAGUGCAAACCUGACAGCGUUCAAACACUGCAGGACUCGGAAAGACCCAUUUCUGAUAAGUCGGACACCUUUCAACCAGAAGCCAUCAACUGUGAAAUGCAAUCCAAUGACAAGGAGAUACUUUUUAGUCAGUCACAGAAAGGACAAGAAUUCAUUUGUGCUAAAACGCAGCAGGCUGGUGUGGAUAGUCUUGAAGGAUUCUUCAAAGUGCGUCAGAGUUUGCUUCAAAAUGCAGCUGGGACUAUUGAUGAGCAGGCGAUGGAAUCGCUGCACAGAAUUCUGUCUGCAGAUCUACUCAAUAAAGAAGCAAUGAGCAUCCAUGGACCAAAAUACGAAAGAAAUCCAGAUCAGCAAAAACAUUUUCAAUCUAAAUCAUUACGCAUGCCAUUCAGUUACAUGAUUCGGUCGAAUUCAACAAGAGAAUGUUCCUCCAAGCCUUCCCCGGUCAUUUUGAAAGACAUAGCGAAGUGUCGGGAAAGAAGCCGAAUUGACAAAGGGUCAUCAUCUUUCAAGGGCAAACAGCCUGAUUUCUUUGAAGUUGUGAAGGAACAACUGCAACAGAAGGACUUGGAAAACCAACAUCUCAUCCAUUUAUUGCUGGUCAAGCAAGAGGAACUUAAAGAUAUGAUGGAGAUAUGCAAGCAAAAGGAGAAGGAAACCCUCCUUACGGCUGAAAAGUUGAAAUGUGAGGAACAGAAGAACACCAAGAUCACCGCUAAGUUUGAGCAUUCCUGUGAAGACAUGAGGAAGGAACUCUCUGAAGCCAAAAGCGACAACAGAAAGUUAACCAAACAGCUCAAAGCACUACUGGAGAAAUAUGAGCGACUCAAAAUACGUGCAAACGCUGUGAAGGACCAACUCAACGUGGAGCUCGAGGAGAAAAGGAGCUCACAAAAAACAUUGAAGGGAUUACAUCAGGCAACUCAAGAGUUGUUAACCAAGCAGAAACAUCUUGAGGAGCAGAGAGAUGCAGUGGCAAAAGAUCUGGGUUUGUGUAAAGAGACAUUGCAGAUGAUGGAUGAAGAACACAAGAGGAACCUGUCCAUCAAUCGGAGACUUGAAGAGGAGCUAUCGGCAUUGAGAACCGAAUCUGCAAACCUCAGAGAUCAUUUGUGUAAAACUCAAGAGAAGAACAAAGACCUGAUUCAACUGGCUCGCUCCAAAGAGGCCGACAAAGUGAAGAACGUAAAGGAAUCUCGAGACGCGAUUGAAAAAUUGAAUGCCGAGUUAAAGAAGUGCCAGACAGAAAAAGACAAAGUGCAUCAGCAGGUGGAGGCCAUAAAACAAGAAUCGAACUUGAUCCACAACAAACAGAGAGUGGAUAUGCUUCAACUUGAGGAGCAGCAGAAAGCCCGUCAGCAGCAGUCGGACGGUUUGAGAAGACAAUGUGAGACCUUGAUGGAGAUGGUCAAUAAACUCAAGAUGGAGAAGCAGAUCCUCUCAGACAAACUGGAGACUGUUCAUCAAGAAAAAACUGCGACGAAGAUGGCGAGUAUGAAGGAGGGAGAAAGACUGAAGGAGGCCGUUCGAUUGCUGGAAGGUGAGAGGAAGGUGCUGUUUGCAGAGAUGGAGGAUUUGAGGAAUGACUACGUGGGCAUCAGUGACAGAAUCGCACAGAAGAUAGGCAACAUGGGUGCAGCUGACCCUCCGUUGACCAUCACAGACAUGACUUCAAAUCAACAGAGAAAGACACGAAAGAAGUGUCCUACUGAUGAUGUGAUACAGAACAUAAGAAGAAAGAUGGAAGAGGAGAAUAUCCACAAUUCAUGAGCUUCGCACCACAAAAGCCACUUGUUUUACUUUUAUCAUGAAUAUUUUGUUAGUCACAUUUUCUUUUGUGAUACUCUAUGAAGCAGAAGUGUUAUGUACUUUAUCAAUGUAACUAAUAAA